AUGGUAUCAUGUCCUAUAGUAUUGAGUGAAUACAACAAACAUAUGAACUGUGUAGAUAAAUUUGACCAGAAUAAGAAAUCCUGUCAGAUAGAUCGAAAGGCUAAAAAAUGGUGGCACAGACUUUUUUUUCAUUUUAUCGAUGCAGCAGUAGUCAACUCUUACGUCCUAUAUAAGUUACAAUCAGGUAUGAAUAUAACAAUGAAACAUUUUCGUCGUGAAAUAUCUAACGAUUUGGUUUCAAAAACGUUGGUCGAAAAACGAUCUAUUCAUAACGUUUCAAAAAAACAAACUGUAGCUGUUAAAAAACAUAAACCACAUGUAAAUUCUAGAAUUAGGUUUGAGCAAGCUGCUCAUCAACCUAAAAGAGGAACAAGGAGGAGAUGUGCAAGAUGCAGUACUAAAGAAAAGGAAAUUAGAACGGAGUGGAUAUUUUCAGUAUGCAAUGUUUCUCUGUGUUUGGCAAAACAAAAAAAUUGUUUUGCAUUAUAUCAUAAUUCAUAA